UAAUGUGGACCUUCAAAGCGCUCGGAGUAUGACAGAAGAUUUUAGGAUGCUGGACUUGUGCUCCUCGUUUUGUUUUGUUUAGUUAAAUGCCAACACGGUGAAUGCGUCGGACAGAGUGGACAAGCCUGCUGCUAGAGGUCCGCAUUGAGAAAGUCAACAUCUUGCCUUUCUUUAUUUGAUUUUUUCCCCCGGAGCGACUUCAGAAGGAUGUAACGACCGAUCCACCUUGCGCAUCUGAAGUGUCCUCAUCAAAAUGCAGAAGGGAAUACGACUUAAUGAUGGUCAUGUCACCUACCUGGGGCUUUUGGCAAAGAAGGAUGGUACAAGACGAGGGUGCUUGAGCAAAAAGAGCUCAGACAACACGAAAUGGCACACAAAGUGGUUCGCUUUGUUACAGAAUAUGCUCUUUUAUUUUGAGAACGAGUCCAGUUCUCGACCCUCGGGAUUAUACCUGUUGGAGGGAUGCACAUGCGACAGGGCGCCUUCACCGAAACCUUCGCUGUCAGCCAAGGAGUGUUUGGAAAAGCAGUACUAUUUCACAGUCAGCUUCAACCACGAAAACCAAAAGGCCCUUGAGUUGCGCACGGAGGAUGUAAAAGACUGCGAUGAAUGGGUGGCUGCCAUAUCACACGCCAGUUACAGAAACUUGGCUACAGAGCAUGAGGCUCUCAUGCAGAAGUAUCUUCAUCUGCUUCAGAUUGUGGAGACGGAGAAAACAGUUGCUAAGCAACUUCGACAACAGAUAGAGGAUGGGGAAAUAGAGAUUGAAAGGCUCAAGUCAGAGAUUGCUGGGCUGCUCAAAGACAACGAGAAGAUCCAUGCCAGCCCUGCAGCUGCUCCAACUGACGACGACUCUGAGAUUAAGAAGAUCAAAAAGGUCCAGAGCUUUCUGCGAGGCUGGAUUUGCAGGAGGAAGUGGAAAACCAUCAUCCAGGAUUAUAUCCGCUCGCCUCAUGCAGAGAGCAUGAGGAAGAGGAACCAGGUGGUGUUCAGUAUGUUGGACUCGGAGGCAGAGUACGUCCAGCAGCUUCAUAUUCUGGUGAACAAUUUCUUGAGGCCGCUGCGCAUGGCCGCCAGCUCUAAGAAGCCUCCCAUCACCCACGAUGAUGUCAGCAGCAUAUUCCUCAACAGUGAAACCAUCAUGUUUCUGCAUCAGAUCUUUUACCAGGGCCUGAAAGCCAGAAUAGCAAGCUGGCCAACACUAGUCCUUGCUGACCUGUUCGACAUCUUGCUGCCCAUGCUGAACAUCUACCAGGAGUUUGUGAGGAACCACCAGUACAGCCUGCAGAUCCUGGCACAUUGCAAGCAGAACCGAGACUUUGACAAAUUGCUGAAGCAGUACGAGGCCAAGCCCGACUGUGAGGAAAGGACCCUGGAGACCUUCCUUACCUACCCUAUGUUCCAGAUUCCUCGCUACAUCCUUACUCUCCAUGAACUGCUGGCCCACACACCCCAUGAACAUGUAGAGAGAAAUAGUCUGGACUAUGCCAAAUCUAAGCUGGAGGAGCUUUCCAGAAUAAUGCAUGAUGAAGUGAGCGAGACCGAGAACAUCAGGAAAAACCUGGCAAUAGAGCGCAUGAUUGUAGAGGGCUGCGAGAUUCUGCUUGACACCAGCCAGACGUUUGUAAGACAAGGGUCCCUCAUCCAGGUGCCAAUGAGCGAGAAGGGCAAGAUCACCCGUGGGCGACUGGGUUCUCUGUCUCUAAAGAAAGAAGGGGAGAGGCAGUGCUUUCUCUUCUCCAAGCAUUUAAUCAUCUGCACCAGGGGGUCUGGAGGAAAGCUUCAUCUCACCAAGAACGGAGUAGUUUCGCUUAUAGACUGCACUCUUGUGGAGGAUCCUGAGGGGACAGAUGAUGAGUCUAAAUCAGACAAGAGUGGUCAGGACAUGGAGCACCUGGACUUCAAGAUUGUUGUGGAGCCAAAGGACAGCCAGUCAUUCACAGUCAUCCUGGUAGCCUCCUCAAGGCAGGAGAAGUCUGCAUGGACUAGUGACAUCAGCCAGUGCAUAGACAACAUCCGCUGCAAUGGCCUGAUGAUGAACGCCUUUGAAGACAACUCCAAAGUCACAGUGCCGCAGAUGAUCAAGUCAGAUUCAAGUCUGUACUGUGAUGAUGUGGACAUCCGUUUCAGUAAGAUGAUGAACUCCUGCAAGGUGCUGCAGAUCCGCUACGCCAGCGUGGAACGUCUCCUCGAGAGACUGACUGAUCUCCGUUUCCUUUCAAUCGACUUCCUCAACACCUUCCUGCAUUCCUAUCGUGUGUUCACCACUGCUGAUGUGGUGCUGGACAAACUCAUCACCAUCUACAAGAAACCCAUCAGUGCCAUUCCGGCCCGGUCACUGGAGUUAUUCUUUGCCAGCAGUCAAAAUAAUAAACUUCUUUAUGGCGAGCCACCCAGCUCCCCCAGGGCUAGCAGAAAGUUCUCCUCCCCUCCUCCUCUCGCUAUUGCCAAGAACUCAUCCCCCAACCGCCGUCGCAAACUCUCUCUCAAUAUCCCCAUCAUCACUGGGGGCAAAGCUCUUGACCUGGCUGCCCUUAGCUGCUCCUCAAAUGGCUAUGCAAGCAUGUACUCCUCCAUGUCUCCAUUCAGCAAGACCACCUUGGACAUCAACAAACUGUAUGUGUCCAGCCCGAUCGCAAGCAAAAUCUCUGAUGAGGGAGAAGACAAGAAGGAAAAGGUGGACGACCCCUCGGCAUGCAAACAAGAUCUCUCUGUACGAGAAGAAAGUGAUAAUGAUCAAAACCAGAGCGAUGACGGGGAUCCAGAAGCUUCUCCUACCAAAUCUCCAACUACACCAAAAAAUAUCAAAUGCAAAAACUCCUCAGAGUUUUCUCUGUUUUCCUACAACAACGGCAUGGUGAUGUCAUCAUGUCGAGAGCUGGACAACAAUCGCAGUGCUCUGUCUGCUGCCUCCGCCUUUGCUAUUGCUACUGCUGGAGCCAAUGAGGGUACCCCUACCAAGGAAAAAUAUAGACGGAUGUCCCUUGCCAGUACAGGUUUUCCAACAGAUCAGAGAAAUGGAGACAAAGAGUUUGUGAUCAGACGAGCGGCAACCAACAGAGUCCUGAAUGUGCUUCGGCACUGGGUGUCCAAACACUCUCCGGACUUUGAGAGCAACAAUGAGCUGAAGACGAAGGUUAUUGCCUUCUUGGAGGAAGUGAUGCAUGACCCUGAGCUGUUGACCCAGGAGAGGAAAGCGGCAGCCAACAUCAUCAGGACUAUAACUCAGGAAGAUCCCGGUGACAAUCAGAUCACGAUAGAAGACGUGACACAACUGGUUGGAGGAGGGAAAGCUGAGACCUUCGAGAAUCACUCGGCAAUGGAAAUUGCAGAGCAGCUCACUCUGUUGGACCACCUGGUGUUCAAGGUCAUUCCAUACGAGGAAUUCUUUGGCCAAGGCUGGAUGAAGAAUGACAAAAAUGAGAAGACGCCGUAUAUCAUGAGGACAACAAAGCACUUCAAUGACAUGAGCAACCUUAUUGCCACGGAGAUCCUCCGCUGUGAUGAUGUUGUAACCCGGGUAGCAGUCAUCGAAAAAUGGGUAGCUGUGGCCGAUAUCUGCCGUUGUCUACAUAACUACAACGCCGUUCUCGAGAUCACCUCAUCACUGAACCGCAGCUCCGUUUUCCGCCUCAAGAAAACUUGGCUCAAAGUUUCCAAGCAGACUAAAGCACUGAUUGACAAACUGCAGAAGCUCGUCUCAUCAGAGGGGAGGUUCAAAAACCUCAGAGAGGCUUUGAAGAAUUGCGAUCCUCCCUGUGUGCCCUAUCUGGGGAUGUACCUCACUGACCUGGCUUUCAUUGAGGAGGGAACGCCGAACUACACCGAGGACAACUUGGUCAACUUCUCAAAGAUGAGGAUGAUUUCUCACAUCAUCAGAGAAAUCAGACAGUUUCAACAAACAGCAUAUAAGAUUGACUUGCAACCAAAGGUAGUCCAGUAUCUGCUGGACAAAAGCUCUGUUCUGGAUGAAGAAAGCUUGUAUGACGCCUCACUCAGAAUUGAGCCUAAAGUGCCCAACUGAUGGGGAAGGUGGCCCUCCAUAUUAUUUUCUUUGUUAAUAUUACACAUCAGUUAACAUGCACAUCAACAUUUGUAUAGCUGUACAUGCUUAAGAUCUCUGCUCCUCUGUACAGUAGAUGUUUAAGGUUGUUUGACAACACAAAACAUUUUAGUGUAUAUUUUUCCAUGUAUGAUUUUAGUUGUUGCCAUUUCCACAAUGACACCUGCUUGAAGGAUUUUUUUUUAUUUCUAUGAGUAUUUCAAGAACAAUAAUAGAGGUCACUUUAGCUGCAUGCAACCGUGUGUUCUACUGUGACCAAUGACAUUAUUUUGCAUCAUGUCAUACCGUGUCAAAUUUGCACUUCGAGCACUCGUGUUGCUGGCUGUUGUUCUCUUGGCUUGAGUUUUAUUGAUGACUGAAGUUCUCUGCAACCAAUGUAGCAUUGUAAAAAAAACGAAAACAAAAAAAAAAUACUGCAUAAAAUCAGGUAAAAGAGCACAGAGAAUAUAAUUAAAGAUAGAGAACAGUGAUCAGUGCAACUGACAGCAAGGUAUCCAAAGCAUAUGUGUCUCUGUGCUUCCCGAACCAAAACAAGAAGGAUUUGUUUCUUCAUUUAUGCUCACUAUUCUAAAGACGGAGGUUCCCAACUGUGCUUAUACCACACUGAAUGUUUUCCUACAGUGUAACUGUGGACCAGUCCAGUAUGUCCAACCAGAUAUGAAAGUGAAUAGAAGGUAAAGGUUCUUGUUGAAGUUAUUUGCUAAAUGAGAAAAAUAAAUACAGUCCACAGGAAGGUCAACACUGUGAGCUAAAUGCUAAAAUUUGCAUGCUAUAUUUACAACGUUAACUGAACAACAAGCUCACCACUGUAGCUUAGCUUGUUAGCAUGCUCACAUUUUCUAAUUACCACUAAACGUAUAUUGAAAGCUUACAGGAAUGUUAUUGGUUUUGCAAAAAUCAAUCAAGUAUUUACCAAAAAUUGUAAAUAUUGCUCUAAAAGUUGGAAAGGUAAUGGACCAGUUUAUCCUCUGUUGUUGAGACAUUUUAUUAACAUCUACUGAUGUAAAUCACUAAUGUGAGUAAGCUUUACCCUGUGGACAUCAUUGAAAUCAGAAGCAAAUGUGCUGAGAUGUGCCAAAAUAUUUUAGGCUGAGCUGCAAAAAAUCGCACUCUUGUUGCUAGAACCAUCAGCUCAGUCCACGUAUUUGUACUGAUACAUAUAGCUGAUACAUAUAGACCAAAUGUGACAAACGGGACAUGAUGUGCAGACACAAUCUGUACACACUUAAUUACCUGUAGAGUUUUUUUCUUCUUCUUCUUUCUGCCAAGUACUAAAUGUUCUAAAGCUGGUAAUGAUAAACAAUCCAUAGAUUGGGAACCUCUUCUUUAAGUUAAGUUUAGCUGUAGGAUAAUACACUCAGUUGGCACACAAGGUGCCUAAUGUUUGCUGAGUUCCCUUAUAAGCUGUGUAACAACAUAGAGUGUUAAAGAAGGGUUACAUCCUUUUAGAUAUGUGAGGUUUAAGGUGACGGAUUUGUCACCUGCAUUUUUGUUACACUUAAAGUACACCAGUACAGUUCAGCGAGUUUCCCCCUUUAUGCUUGAACUUUUUGGUCUUGACUUGUUAAAUUGAAACUCAUGAAAAAAAAAAAUCACACGCGGUGGUUAAGUGUUGUACCUUCAGGUUCGGGUUCUACUUCUGUAGAGUAAAAGUUUGUUGCUUUUCUGUAAUCAAAAGACAAUCUGUCCUUUUUGCUGUUCCAGUGAUUGUGGAACAUGACUGUAUAUCACUCUGUUAUAUGCAUUGCUGUUAAAAACUAUGAUAAAAUGUAUGUGAAUGACCUCUGCCUGCAGCAUUCAAACACUAUUUUUGUAGUAGUAUAAGAGAGAGUGACCUGCUCUUUAUAUGAACAUGGGAAAGUAUUUUGUACUUUGUUGUUAAUUCACUUCACUGAGAUGCGCUGUACAUUUUGUACAUGCAACCUGGCAUAUUUCUCAAUGUGGAACAGUGUAAUCCUCUCAAAAACAAGUUAUAUCACAAGCUUAACACAAAACGCAACAACAGUGUGGUCUUGAAACCAUAACUUAGAGGUAGGAGAGCAAUUCAAAGUGUUUUGCAUUUAUACUGUAAUCCUGUCUAUAACCAUUUCUGUUAGCAGGAAUAUAGUAACGUAGUGCUUAUUCUGUGAAUAUUUGUAUGUAUUUUUACUAUGUAUGUACAGUACACUUUUGAAGCUAAUGUGGUAGGCAUGCAACACCUUCACAGACAGAAUAAUACUAUAUACUUAUACUGUAUACACUUAUAAAUGCACAUACUCUUAUAAGGUAUAUAAACAAAUAAACAUUUUGCUGUAAGCAAUACCCAAUGGUAUGAAAAUUAUCUUUCAACCCUCAUGUUUCCACAGCUUAAGAAAUAUUCCCAGUUUUGUAAGGAAAAAAAAGAUUAAAACAAGAUGAAGAACAUAACAACAAAUAAACAAAAAUAUGUUUCCCAGUUACCUCUUGAUAAUAAAUUCAUUUUAUCUCAGGGGCAUUU